GCUGGCCCGGCGGGCCCGUGUCCAGGCCCGGCAAAUCCAGAGGUCUUCACUGCCAACCCACUAGGCUCUUGUUGGGCGUUCCUGGAGACCGAGAGCUCUGGGUCGGCUCUGGGAAGCCUGAGCGCCGUGUCCGGGAAGAGCAGCUUGAAGAAGCAUAAGCUUAGGGAUCAGUGACAGCCUCCAUCACUACGCAAUGGCAGCCAGGGCUCACAUGGGCGCAGAAAAGGAAGGGCGUCCCCCGAGCGCAGACAGCUCCAAGGCUUCCCAGCUCCCCGGUGGGCUUACCACGCCCUGGGCGGGGAUUCGGCUCCUCUCCAGGGGAACUUAAGUCUUGGCUGUCACUAGUUGAAGGUGGAGCCCAGAGCCUCGUCCAGAUCUUCUCUGCGCCAUAAAGAAUUUGGACUCCACCCCAGUCCCAAAUGGACCCCGAGGAGCAGGCCAGGACUCCUCUCUUCCACUUCCUGCGGUCCCCUCUGAGCAGCUGGCCACGCCCCCUUGUGGCCGAGACUCCCAGAAGCCUCUGCUGUUCAUUAAACCAGUGCCCAAUCUGGUGCCUGGUCUGGUGCCUGCCCUGGUGCCUGCCCUGGCACUCCCAGUCUGGUGCCGCGGAUGUUCUGCGGGGAUCUUCUGUGUUUUCGGCUGGAGAUAUUGUUUCACCUGAUCUUUUUAUGCGCUAUCGAGCUCCAGAAUUCAUCGUGAGGCACACAUCCUAGUUUGGGAGAGAUUAGUUGGGUCUGCUCUGCCAUCUUGUCUUCACCCCUCCAGAGCCCUCACCUGUGAACAAGGACUCUGAGGGAGGGUGUGUGUGUGUUGGCGGUUUCCACUCCCCUGAGACGGAGCAAUGAGAGGAAUUGAGGCCUCAGGUCUUCCUCCUUUUAAAAAUAUCCACCAACGGGGCUAGCCAGAGCAGAUCCAAGGGAAGAACUGUCGGCUCAAUCAGAGAGAGGACACCGCUUCUUCCAGGCCUUUGGCUUUUCAGCGUUCUUUGUUAGCAGACCACAUGCUUCUGUUAAUCAACGAUGCUGUUCUCAGGGAAAUGGCCUCAUGUUCUUUAUUGGUUCAAAUUCUGGCUGCUGCAGUCCUGAAGGCUCAUUUCCAAGAGAGGGAGUAAGAUCUCCUUGCUCCAGAACCUUGCUGGCCCAGAGUUUCACCCUAAUCUAUGGGCCCAAAGAAGGACAAUUUGUCCCCAAAGGGAGAGCUCUCUGGUUGAGGCAUUCUAUGGUUGUGGAUUAACUACUUCCCUAUCCAUGACAGUCAAAUCUUUUCCAGGAAACAGAAAAUAUCCUGGCCACUGACUGGGUGAAUGCAUCGUUGCUUGGAUCAUUCUAUUUGGACCCUGAUUCGAGGACCUGUUAUACAUUUAUUUUUUUACUUGGAAUUUUUACACACAAGACUUUGAUAGUCUCUUUCAUCUCGGGAACUGGACGGCAGGAGCUCCCUGGGUGCCCUGUGUCGCCGCCAGCUGCUGCCCGCGCCGGGCCUGCUCUCCCCGCCACCUUCUCUCCCUCUUCUUCCCCGGCUCCCACCUCUUACUCGGGCUCAGGCUCCGAAAGCCUCCCUCGCCACAUCCAAAGGGGAGGCUGUCCCCAGCCACGCCUCCGAGCCAGCCCCCGCCCCCCCUCCUCCCCUCCCCGCCUUUCUUCCCAGUGCUGGGUCAGAGUUAGAGGACGGAGAAGGGAGGGAUGGGGGAGGGGGAGAGGAGGGAAAACACCGAAAGGGGGAGGGGCCAAGGCGGGAGCCUGAGAAAGGGGAAAAAGGGCCAAAGGGCUGCCGAGAAGAGGGAGGGGAUGCAGGGGAAGGUGAAGCCGGAGGAGGCUGCGGGAAAGGAGGAGAGAAAGCAGGGAAGCGGGGAGGAUGCCGGGAAGAAGGAAACCGCGUGAUGGCCGGGGAGAGGCUCCAGGAAGUCUCACUGGGCAGAGGGGGGCUUCCUUGACAGGCUACGGAGAAAGGGAGCCCGACACCGGAAAAGGUCCGGAUCUGUCUGGACUGGCCCAGGAACCCCCUUCGGGCCUCCUUUCGCUGUCCUCCUGACUAGCUUCGGGAAGCAGCGCCAGAGAAAGUCCCCAUCGGAGCACCAGAGCCCACGUGGAGAUCGAUCUGCUACCCAGAAUGCCCCGCGCGGUGCCCUCGAGCCCCCCUCCUGCCUGGCACAAAGCGGGAACGCAGAGACCUCAAGGAAAGCGCAGCGCCCCGAGCUGUGUUAGGAGAGAGAAGAGCUGGGAACGGGGGACGCCGGAGGCCGGGAAAGCCAGGAGCCCGGAGCGCCCUACACUGAGCAGGAUUGCACAGAGACGAGGCCGGGAAAGCUGGAGGAGCUUCAGGGGGGACUCACUGGGGCUGCUUUGCUGCCUCCACAGGGAGCCUGGAGUGCCCGGGAUGGCCUUGGAGAGGGACAGACUCGCAGCCCAGGAGGUGGUGACGUUCCAGGAUGUGGCUGUGGACUUCACUCAGGAGGAGUGGCGCCUCUUGUCCCCUCCCCAAAUGGAGCUGUAUAAGGAAGUGAUUCUGGAGAAUGCCCGGAACCUGCUCUCUGUGGGGCUUCCAGCUCCCCCAGAAGAAGUAAUCUCUUAUUUGGAGCAGAGAAAAGCCCAGUGGAUGCUGGAGCAAGAAGGCCUGAGGAAUUGUUGCCCAGAAGGAGAGAUUAGACCUGAAAUGAAGUCAAAUCCAACAGAGGUGAGCAAUCUUGUGGAAGAAAUGGAUUUACAAAGAUUCAUGCAUAGCGUUCCUGAAAGCUUUUCUUCUAGGGAAUUCUGUGUUGCACAUCAAAAUUCAUCUCAUAUUGAACAUCAAAGAAUGCAACCUGAGGAAAAAUCUAGUGAAAAUAAUCAGUGUAGAAAUACUUUUAUACACAGAUCCAGUCUUGCUGGACAUGACAAAAUCCAUACUAGCAAGGAACGUUAUAGAAAGACAUUCAGUCAGAGUUACAAUUUUGCUGUACAUCAGAGAAUCCACAGUGGAGAGAAACCUUAUAAAUGUAAUCAAUGUGGAAAGGCAUGCAGUAGGAGCUCCCAUUUUGCUGUACAUCAGAGAAGCCACACAGAAGAGAAACCUUAUGAACGUAAGAAAUGUGGAAAGGCAUUCAGUGAGAGGUCGAGUCUUGCUGUACAUCAGAGAAUCCACACAGGGGAGAAACCCUAUGAAUGCAAGCAAUGUGGAAAGACAUUCACUCGCAACUACAAUCUUGCUGUACAUCAGAGAAGCCACACAGGGGAGAAACCUUAUGAAUGCAAGCAAUGUGGAAAGACAUUCAGUCAGAGGUCCCAUCUUGCUGUACAUCAGAGACUGCACACUGGGGAGAAACCUUAUAAAUGUAAUCAAUGUGGAAAGGCAUUCAGUAUGAGCUCCCAUCUUGCUGUACAUCAGAGAAUCCAUACAGGGGAGAAACCUUAUGAAUGCAAGCAGUGUGGAAAGACAUUCACUCGCACCUCCAGUCUUGCUGUACAUCAGGGAAUGCAUAAUGGGGAGAAACCUUAUGAGUGCAAGCAAUGUGGAAAGACAUUUAAUCAGCGGUACCAUCUUGAUGUACACCAGAGAAUGCACACUGGGGAGAAACCUUAUGAAUGCAAGCAAUGUGGGGAGAAAUUCAGUCGGAGUUCCCAUCUUGCUAUACAUCAGAGAAUGCACACUGGGGAGAAACCUUAUGAAUGCAAGCAGUGUGGAAGGACAUUCAAUCAGAAGUCCCAUCUUGCUGUACACCAGAUAACGCACACAGGAGAGAAACCGUAUGAAUGCAAGCAAUGUGGAAAGACAUUCAGUCAGAGCUCCAGUCUUGCUGUACAUCAGAGAAUGCACACUGGGGAAAAACCUUAUGAAUGCAAGCAGUGUGGAAAGACAUUCACUCGCACCUACAAUCUUGCUGUACAUCAGAGACUGCACACUGGGGAGAAACCUUAUGAAUGCAACCAAUGUGGAAAGACAUUCAACCAGAGGUCCCAUGUUGCUGUACAUCAGAGAAUUCACUGGGGAGAAUUGUUAUGAAUGCCAGCAGUGUGGAAAGACAUUCAUUUGCACCUCCAGUCUUGCUGUACAUCAGGGAAUGCACACUGUGGAGAAACCUUAUGAAUGCAAGUAAUGUUCAAAGACAUUCAACCAGAGGUCCCAUAUUGCUGUACAUCAGAGAAUGCACACUGGGGAGAAACCUCAUGAAUGCAAGCAGUCGUGAAGGACAUUCACAUGUAUCUCCAGUCUUGCUAAACAUCAAAUAAUGCACACUAGCGAGAAACCUCAUGAAUGCAAACUGUGGAAAGACAUUCAAUCAGAGGUACUAUCUUGCUAAAUAUCUCAGAAUCCACACUGGGGAGAAACUUUAUAAGUAUAAUCAAUGUGGAAAGGCAUUCAGUAUGAACUCCCAUCUUAUUGUACACAAGAGAAUGCACACUAGGGAGAAACCUUAUGAAUGCAAGCUGUGUGGAAAAACAUUGAAUCGGAGGUCCAAUCUUGCUACACAUCAGAGAACCCACAUUGCAGAAACCUUGUGAAUGCAAGUAAUGUGGAAAGACAUUUAGUUGCGCCUUCAAUCAUGCUAUAUAUGAAAGCUAAAUGAGGGAGAAACUUCAAGAUUAAAAGCUCUGUGGAAAGGUUUUCAUAUUCAGCUCCAGUCUUACUAUAUUGUGGAGUAAAUUUUCCUCCUCCUUUUUGGGGCAGCAUUAUGGAAUUAGAAAUCUGUUACCCUAAAAACUUACUCUCAACAUCCCAUUUAUCCAAUUUUUACUUGCUGGCACAGACAGGAUAGAAAUUUGUUGGAGCCAUGCCUCUCACACUUUUCUACGUGUCAGGGUAGCUGAGAACAUGGGGAUUCUUGAGUAGCUAGAAAAACUUCACGUGGUUCUAUUUUAAAAUUAUAAUUGAAUUUUGUUUAUUAAUCCAAAUCGCAUGUACUUUAAAAUAAUAAAUGAACAUAUGUAUCA